AUAGCUACCAUUUUCUCAGUGAAACACAUUCGUGCGCAGCUGGAGGAGCAGAACACAGUAUCAACAGUUUUGAGCAGCUUGAUUUCUGAUCAUUCUAAGGAGGACACCAGCAUAUUGGACAUGGCUGGAUGGUUUCGGUCCUCUAAAACUGUCCCUCCUGCUGCCCCAUUGCCAGAAUUUGAUACACCAUGGAGGCCAGUGGAAUGGAGUGAAGAUAACAAAAUUAAGAUGUUGAGGAGCCUGAAGGAAUUCCAGCUCAGCACUCCAGACAUCAGUCAGCUCAGGAUUCUGCUUCAUGGCCCGAUUGGAGCAGGAAAGUCCAGCUUCAUCAACUCUGUCAACACCGUCCUCCAAGGCCGCAACACAACAGCUGCACUGGCAGAUUCAGCAGCUGGUGGUGACAGUUACAGCUUCACCGUGAAGUUCAAAUAUCAUAGGCUGAAGAAAGAUGGGCCAGGAUCUUUCUAUCCGUUUGUCUUCACUGACAUCAUGGGUCUGGAACAGUCAAGAGGAGUUCGCAUAGAUGAUAUAAAAGACGUCUUAGAAGGUCACAUAAAAAAUGGCUACACAUUUAACCCUGCUGGUUCAAUUGAGAAAGACAGCCGAUACUACAACAGCAGCCCCAGCCUGAAAGACAGAGUUCACUGUCUGGUGAGUGUUCUACCAGCAAACAAAAUCUCAAUCAGCUCCGAUGAAGUGAUUAAGAAGAUGAAGGAGGUUCGGCAAAAAGCACGUGACUUGGGAAUUCCCCAAGUCACCAUCAUGACCAUGGUGGAUGAAGCAUGUCCACUAGUUAAACAUGACCUGGAAAAGAUUUACACCAGCAAGAAAAUCAAAGAGAAGAUGCAGGAGUGCAGUCACAAAUUGGGGGUCCCAAUGAACUGUAUCUACCCAGUGAAGAACUACCACGAGGAGGUUACCAAUGACUUACAUCUGGAUGUCUUGAUUCUGUUGGCUAUGAAAGACAUCAUUAUGUUUGCCAAUGACUAUGUAGAAGAACAGAUUUACCCAGAAUAAGGUCCUAAAAUGUUUGGCCAAUGAUGGAGAUAUUAUGCAGUGUGACUAGUUUCAGAAAUAUGCAUAUGAACAGAAGAGUCUGUCUAGUUAGACAUCCUUCUACAGAUUUCAGCUACAGCUUUUUAGGGUCAUUUUUUUACAGGUAUUCAGAUAUGAAACACAGCUAAAUGCUCUGCAAUUUGGCUUUGCUAAUGCUAAUGCUUGGAGGAGACUCUCUAACAGACACCUGUGGUUGUCAUCAACAUCAGGUUUUUGCAUGUCCAAAUGGUAGAAUUCCCUGUUAUGAUAAUUGUAUUAAUUCAAUGUAUUUGCUUUAUUGCUUGCAGAGUGUAUGACUAUGUACGGGCAAAAGGUCAUGGACAAAAAACCUUGUCCUCCCACUGAUAGCUGCCUAGAUACAAAAACAGGAUGUAUCCUCAUAUAGCGAUUGACCUCGGUUAUCUGUCUUACACCCCCCUAAUACUUCUGCUUUAAAUAAGACAUUCUAAUCAGGGCAUCUCAGGUCAUGCAUGUACAGCAUGACCAGAAGAUGCUGCAUGUACUCACAACCCUAUAUGACUAUAUUAACAGAAAUCUGCCGAAGACUGGUAACAGCAGCUGUCAAACCUCCCCUUAUUUGGUACCUAGCCAACACCCAGUUAGGGGUAUAAAGCCCCUAUGUAAGGGAGACCACUUCAGAGCACGCUCUCAUCUCUUCACUCUCUGGUCUGUAUCACUUUCAUUUCCUAAAUAAAUAAC